AGAAACGUCAACGUCAUUACGUCAAGCGUCUGCUAAAAUGGCGGCCGCCGAGAUUCAGAUCGUGAAUCCAGCAAAUUUAGCAAAAAUUGAGAGUUUUCUCAGUGAUCCUAGUUAUAAAGAAAUUAUAGAAAACUCUUCAACAUUCAAUACACGACUAUGUGCCGAAAGAAGGAUGCGUAUGCCGUUUAUAGACACCCAAACAGGCGUCGCUCAGACACACUGCAAUCUGUUUAUGAGCAGAAAGCAGCGUAUGCCGGGUCAGAAGGAGGGCCAAGUUUAUACAUAUCCUGCACAGAGAUGGCGCAAAGCCCGUCGGCAGUACCUCACCAUGGCCUCGUCACGAUGGGGCUGGAGCGGGGCCUCAGACUUGGCCGACAACACGGGGGAGGGCGAGAAUAGUUCCGGGAUACCUGGCGAGGCACUGGUCGCGGAAGACAGUCGUGACGGAUCACAAACUGCUGCUAAGGAUGACCCUAAGGAAUGGUUCUACGACGAGCUAGCGAUGGACGAGAUAGAGGCCGGCGACGACCAGGAUGCGGAGUCAGAUGAGGAUUACUUCGACGACACAUACGCGAACAGGCGUAAGCGGCGAGGAGGCGCCACGCCUACGGGGCCCGGGUCCCGAGGCGGACGCACUAGGAAAUCACAGCCGGAUGAUACGCCGGCUAAGAGAGGCAGAGCGGGCCGCGGCCGCAAGCGCGUGGGUCAAGCCACACUGCCCUACGAGGUCCCCGGCGAGGGCGACAAGCCCUUCGGAUGCGAACUGUGCGGCGCGAAAUAUAAAACCCGGCCGGGCCUGACGUACCACUUCACGCACACACACAAGGAGUCGGCCGCCGCGGCGACCAGCGACGGGGACUCCCGCGACAGCCACGGGCGCCCCGGGGCGCACACGCCGCCCGCGCCGCAGCCCCCCGCCACAGAAUACCAAGACAGUUACGUGACAUUCUUGAAUAAUCCCGGAGGGCCCGCUGCAGACAAACCAGCAGCGGCCGCCCCCCCGCGGCGCCCCACCCCUCCCCCGCGGCCCGCCUCCGCCGACACCAGCUCCUCCGACUCCGCGCACGCGCCCCUCGUGCCGCCCGGCUCCUCCGUGCCCGAGCUCAAGCUGCUGCAGGACAGCGCCGUCAAGGCCUCCCCCUCCCCCUACUGCGACUUCUGCCUCGGCGACGACCGAGAAAACAAAAAGACCGGCACUCCAGAAGAGCUCGUCUCGUGCUCCGACUGCGGACGAUCAGGUCACCCGACGUGCCUGCAGUUCACUGUGAACAUGAUCGUGUCGGUGCGCAAGUACCGCUGGCAGUGCAUCGAGUGCAAGUGCUGCUCCGUGUGCGGCACCAGCGACAACGACGACCAGCUGUUGUUCUGCGACGACUGCGACCGCGGCUACCACAUGUACUGCCUGGUGCCGCCGCUCGAGAACCCCCCCGAGGGCUCCUGGUCCUGCGCGCUCUGCAUCAAGGAGUUCCACACCAAGUGAACAGGUUAAAAGUCCGCUGAAUUUCACUCGAGGUACUUCAGCGGUUGCCGUAACAUUAAUAACAUUAUACUAAGUUAUCGUUGCCAUAGGUUAGAGGCGGGUGUGGGCGGACAUUAAAAUACAAAUCAAGAAUAUAGGGAAUACUACGCAAAACUGUGCGUAGGGGGUGCCACUAGCACAAACUGUAAACGAACCGCCUUGGUGCAUCAAUGACAUAUUUAUUCGUAACAAAUAAUCUGUGGAAACUUGUCAAAAAACAGUUAAGGCAUAAUAUAUAUAUACAGGGUGAUUCAUGAGACGUGAGCAGGACUAAUCCUGCACACUCAGUAACUGAUAAUUGAUAGAUCACCGUUGUAUUUAGGCAAAACAACCACACUUUUUCCUUGUUUUUAACUUUUUGGUGAGGGCAAAUUUAAUUCUCUACUAUCAUGGUCACCCUACAAGACCUAAUUAAUAAACAUAAAACCUCUUUAACCGUAAUGACAGUAUAUUGAUUACGAAGAAAAUGAACUGUCAACUGACCGUGAUGACAGGGAUUUCAUUCAAUUUGACACAGAAUAUCGGUACCUAGUUGUAUUCUAAUUUUAGGGUGACCAUGCAUGUCGUAAAUAAUUUAUUAACUUUUUUUUUUCAACACGACUAGAAAAUUAACGUUAACCUCACUAAUACUCAUACGAAGCAGUUGCUUAUAAUUUACGAAAUGCGCAGUGUUAGUCCUGCUCACGUCUCCUGAAUCACCCUAUAUAUAUAUAUAUAUGUUUAAGUUAUGGUGUACGGUUUGUGCUGGUGCUGCACUCUGGCGGCAGAACAUUGUAGUAAUACUCCGUAUUAUGACCGUUUUGAAAAUAAAACGAGCAAGCAUAGUAUAUAGUUGUGAUUGAUGAAAUUUCUAAGGCAUUUAAAUCAUGUCUGUAUCCUAAAGAGAUCUCAUUGAAAAAUCAGUAGUAAAAUCGUGUACCCAAUAUUACAGGGUUCUAUGUUUCAGUUUUAUCGAACUGAAAUUUGAACAUUAUCAUAGUGACAUUAAGUCGAAUUUCAACUCUUGAAAAUGUAACAUAGCACCCUGUAAUAUUGGACCAGCGAAAUGGCGGCUUGACUUUAUUUCAAAUCGUACAUCGGAACAUAAGUAACGUGUGACCACGCUUUUGGAGCAUUCCACAGGCUGUCCCGUACAAUAGUACAUUAUUGCAGAGGCCGGGAAAGGGCAAUUCGUGGAUGAGUUUCGAUUUUGUCGGACGACGCGAAGCGGAGUCCGACAAAGAAGACAAAUCCACGAAUUGCUAUUCCUGCCGAGGCAUAUAUAGUGCUUUUCUCCAAACAUGCGAGGAAAUAAGCUAAAAUAAUUAUUAUUUAACCAUCAAGCAUCACUCAAAUCAAACCUUCACAUCCAAAAUGUCAAAAACAAUUUCCCUCUUUAAUUAAUUUUUUAAAGUUAAUGUUACAAACUUAUUCUGCCAUUCAGUAUUCGUUCAUUCAAUAUAAUUGUGCAAUAUAGUUGGUCAAACCAACUUUUCAGUCAGUAAGAACCAGGAAAACUAUACCCAUCCUUUUCUUUUAGGUGCUAGUACUAGUGUAAGACAAAGAUAGUAUGAUUCUCUUUGUCUAUGUUUGAAAUGAGAAAGUCCUUUGACAAACUAUAUAAGCUUUAUGAACACGGAUGAGAUUUAAAAAAAUAUAAAAAUAAUCUUUGAUUUUAUUAAGCAGUAUUCGCACGAUCAUACACGUGAAAUGAUAGCUGAUCGGGUCGUGUAGAAGCGGCUCGCGGCAAUAAUAAUUGGCCGUUUGCGUAUUUUAUUAUUAAAAAGUAAAAAACACUACAGUAAUAAGUUAUUACUGUAGUGUUUUUUUACUUCCCGUCCGCUAGAACAGGACAGCGAUAGUUUGAUGUUUUUUAAUUAGAGUUUGACAUUAACGAAGAACUUCCCGUAGUAUUUUUGCUACAGUAAGGUGAACAUUUCCGAGCAUAUUGGAGAAAACGCGUUUUAUUUCCUGUGUUGCGACCUUUUUUUCGGCAUUUAAAGCAAGCGAUUAUUUUUCUGUGCAUAUUUUAGACCAUUUGUCAUAGAAAAGGAAACUCUUAUUUCGGCAAAUCUUCAGAAAAUUCGCGUUUGUACGGGACAAACGGUAGACAAUUUCAUGGAAUGCUUCUUUUUCCCUUUUUAUACCGAUACAUUAAAUGGUCUUGGAUCACAGUAGAACUACAAAUGAUUGCUUAGUUUUAGAAAAAUGGCACUAAGUGCGGAUUGUAGACUUAAAAUGCGUUAAAUAUAGUAAGUAACGCUCACACUCGCCCAUGUCAUAGAUAUAUAACUAUAAUAGACGUAAGGAAAUUUGCUAUAUAUUAAGUAUAUACAAUAUUUUGUACAUAGGUAUCUGGUUUCCAUAGAGCAGACCGUGCGCUUUUCAAGACAAGACAUACCCAUCUUUUGUAGACUUUUAGUGAAUUAAAGAUACUUUGAUUUUUGACAGUAACGGAAUGUCAGGUAAAUUAAUUUUCUAACGUCUAUUAUAGUUGUUAGUGUGUGCAAAUGUGUAAUAAAUCUUAUGUACUCAGUCUCGAAGUUUCUACCUCCACCGGUGCUUGCUUUAGCUAUUUAGAACCGGCGAAACAAUUAAACGCACUUGAGGUGUAUUUUUCCAAACAAAACUCAAGAAUCCUACCAUCUUAUACCUACCUUUUUAUUUCGCAUAAGAAAAUACUACACACAAAUACACGAUUUUUGACUUAUUUUAUUUGAAAAACGCUUUAAAAAAAUAGUAACUAAAUUUAAUUUUAUUAAAAUUUAAUAUUCUCCUUCUUUUUGUAAAUUUUUAAACCAUUUUUUUUAUUAUCAAAAUUUGCUCAGUCAAUUUUACUAUAAAUGCGACCUGCAGAAGAAAAAAGGCUGGGCACACUGAAGCUUUGUAAACUCGAAUGGUACCAUCGUUUUUGGAAAAACACCCCUCUUAUGUUUCACAAGUAUUCAAAGCACAAAAUAUGUAAACAGAUCUAAAAUGAAUAAACGGCACUGUACAUACAGCACAUAAUAAUAUGUUGACGCGUUGUCUAUUCUGUUUAUGUCUGCGAUCAAUAUGAGAAAUGUAACACACAUUACAUUACAGUAGAGACUACUGCUACGACUGUUUUACUAUCCUAGUAUUUAUGCUCUAUGACAGGGGUUCCCAAAAUACCAAGAAUUAUAUUACCUAGGCCAUGUGGGGUAAGAGUGGGUAAUAGGGGUGAUUACAAGAAUAAUAAAAAUAAUAAUCGCACCGCUAGUUGGGAGCUCCUGGUCAGAUAAUAUACACGGUGUAACACGAGUAAACCGAAUAAUUUUAACAGCGUAUUUCUGAUCAUAUUUAGAGACAAAAAUGUCCUAUAAACUUUUUUAAAAAACGCCUAGUUUCGGAGAUAUUAUUAAUUUAAAAAUAAACAAGUUUUUGUUGUUACAAAAUCAAAAAAUCAAAAUCAAAAUAUACUUUAUUCAUGUAGGCCUAGCAACAAGCUCUUAUGAUGCUUGAUUUACAUAAGGUAAAAGGCCUUUUUGAUGGUAAUGUUGCUGCUAUGGGACGUAGUAUAAGUAUCCUUAUUGAUAGAUGUCAAAAAGUGACAAGUAACACUUUGCAAAAAGAAGGUAAAAAUCAAUUUUAAGUAACAAGUUUACCAAUAACAUUUAUUUUUUAUGUACAAAUACAUUCAAAAAAUUGAAAAAACAAACCAAAAAAAAAUUUUUUUUUGGCUAUAUUGACCUAAACUCAUAUUACAUUUUUUCCUUCUUUUGACCUCAGAAAUGCGUGGUUAAAAUUAUUCGGUUUCCUCAUGUUACACCGUGUAUAAUAAGUUGAAAUACCUACAUAUACGCCGGUUCAGUACUUACAACAUAAUUUAUUUGCUUUAAGGCUGGUUUUUCAACACCGCUAAUAAAUAUUAUCUGGUAGAUAAACCACAUUUCAAGUGCGCGUUCUUUCGAGGCGAUUUUUAAUAUUCGAAUUUUUCUAACCUCGACAGUAGUGGUAAAUAACCUUAGGUUCCCAAAUCUAGUAUUUCCUAUGAUAUCUAAUAUUACAGUGCACUCAGAUUUAAUUUUGGAGUAAAAAGUUACCAUUACUUUUGAUCUUAUAAAUUUUCUAAUAUGAAAAAAAACGGACCAUACGCCCACAUAUGGAGUUUAUGUUGUAGAUAUGUGUACGUUGCAUGAAUAUAAUUUAUUCACAUGUGAGUUGGCGGGCAUUUUAAUAAUGGUUUAUCUCUACAGGUAGCUUAAAAAAUAACUGCAUUCCCGUUGCCAGGGAGGUUUUGGGAUUAUACUGAGCAACUUUUACUAUGGCACCAACCCCGAAAUAGCGAAAAGAAAUUUGACUGUUUCAUACAUUUUGGCUGGUCCAUUUUCUAUGGGAGGGUAAAUUAUUUUUUGCGAUUUCGGGGUUAGUCCCAUAGUAAAAGUUGCUCAGUAUAAUCACAAAGCCUCCGUGGCAUUAGGAAUGCAGUUAUUUUUUAGCCACCCUGUAUGUAUUUUAAUGCUAAAUAUAGUAUGUCAUAAUGAAAUUCACUGUAAAUUACAUGCAUUCCACUUCAUAUAGCUGUAUCAUUCUGUAAGCAGAUUUAUCUACACGGACGUGAAGCUCAAAAAUAUCUACACCAUGAACUUUCAAGAAUAAAAUAUAUGGUGGAUUUUUCGAUAUAAAAAUAGAUCGUAUUGUAGAUAUUUAUGAGCGAAUGUAGAUCUGCUUCUAUUUUCAUGCGUUUUCAUAACAAAUUGCCAACGAUUGAAAUAAUUCAUAAUUAAUCACGUGUUUAAAGUUUAGACUAACAUUUAAAGGUUGUUUUCCCAUUUUGUAAUACUAUUAACCUAAUCCGUAAUAUAAUGUACUCGAAAAUAACGGUGAAAUUGAAUGCUAAGAUUUUUCCAAAAUUGUGACGUUCCCAAACAAAAGGUUUCCAGUUUAUUGAUAGAAAUCGCGAUUUCUAAUAGCAUUUCUCUGCUAGUAGGUAAGUAUGGCCUCUGACUACCAACGAUGAUACCUUUUGCUUGUGAACGACACAACUGUUUUCUGCUUGCCUUCAGCUCUCUGUAAGCCAUUGAGAUUGUGAUAGGGUGGGAAAACGGCCGGCAGUCGAUAGGAUUAUGGCCUUUAUCAUGUUUGGUAUAAGUCCCUUUUUUGUAAACACGCGACGGUAAUCAUUUUCCAUUGACCUCUGACCGCCUAUAGUCUGUAUCUUUAGGUAUUUAAAUAAAAGUAAACAAAAUCUACCCUCAAAUGGCACCUUAAGCCAGUUGAGGGUAGAUGAAAACUUUACAUGAUCAAAUAAUGUAGGUUAGUCGGGUCGUUCAGUGACAGAUCCAGGUGGUUUUGUAUUUGGUUGGUUAACCAAUAAAUGUUAUAACUACAAAUUGUUUGUUUACUUUUAUUUAAAUACCUAAAGGUACAGAGUAUAGUUACGCCAUUGAUUUUAGUAAAGCGUAAAUGUUUUUGUAAAAAAAUCAAUCAGUCAGGAGAUAAAUUAUGAGAUUAAUAUUGUAUAGUGCUUGACUGACUCACUAUUUACAAAAACAAUUAUGGUUUACUAAAAUGAAAGUACUUUUAUGAUAUUUUAUCUGUAGUUAAGAAAUGAUACAGUCAGCAGCAGAAGUUGCUAAGCGGGCGAGGUGUUCAAAAUGAUCUUGACGCGACUUUAUUGUUAAGAGAAUAAGAGCGUGUCAAGGUGAUUUUAAACACUUCGCCCGCUUAGCAACUUCUGCUGCUGACUGUAUAACGAUACCCUAAAAUUGAUAAAAAAUAUUGCGUAUUUUUUACUUAAAUGGGACUUAUAUGAAAGUAAUAUGUCUUUUCUGCCCUUUUAUCGAUCUUGAAACACAUUCUUAAAAAAUAUACUGAAAAAUAAAAUCACUUCUAAAUUCAGUUUGUAAUCGGUGUUUAGAAUAUAAAUUUAACUACGAUUUAUUUAGUAUAGCUAAUGUUGCCAUGAACGGAACGACAUAAGUAUUACAUAAGUAGUUGUCGUUGUCUAAAAAGUGUCUAGAUAUUAAGGUUACUUGAAAAUUACAUGUUGUUUGUAUUUGUAAAUACCUAAUAUUGUAGCUGUAUGACGGCGAAAAAACGCUAUGAAAGUGUAACAAAACUUGCUAAAAAUACCUUUUUAAUACAGUUGCUCAAAAAGUGCUACUUUACGUAGCUGUUUAGCGUGCGGAAAGUUGGUUAUCUCGAACUAGUGCUUUUUACUUUUCCAAUUUUUUUUAAUUUAUACUUGUUCCAAUUCACGACUACUUAUUGAUGAGUGUUAAUAUUAGUUUCCUUUAAACGUCGUAAUCAGCAUAAAAACCUACCGUUAAUGUAAGAAUACGAAAAAUAUUACAUAUUUCAUAUUUAAUUACUUACCUCUUCAUCAUUAUAACACGUUUAUUUUUUAAUAUUCAAUAUUGAAAAUUUCGUUCUUAAUAAGUUGACUGAAUGGAACGGAAUAGCUGCCAAACUCCCAUAGAUAUAAUAUACUUAAAGACGACGUCUAAGCGAGCUGUCACUGUUACCACUUUUGUUUAGUGUACGAUUAACAAUGUUUUUCUUAUUUUUUCGCAACUGUAUUAAAAAACGUCGUUCGAUACACGUGCGGAAAUGUCAUUCUUCACUCGUCCCGAGUCUUGCCACUCGCCUGCGGCUCGUGGCAAGAUAUCUCGGUACUCGUGAAGUAAUGACAUACCUUCCGCACUAGCAUCGAAAUGUACUAUUACAGUACAUAUGGUCCUAUUUUCCCGCACUAGUGCGUAAAAUAACACUUUUCGUGCGUAUGUCAAUAGUUUAAAGGGCCAUAUGUACUGUAAAACGUUGUACAAUACACGUGCUAAUAGGUAAUUCGCAACUCGUGUCGAUUUAAAACACUCCCUUCGGUCGUGUUAUAUAUCUUUUAUUAAUUUAUCGCCACUCGUAUCGAAUUUCUUCUUUUUCGCACUUGUAUCGUAAAUAACUAUUAUAGCGAAGCAUAUUUUACAUGAUCGAUAAAAAUACAGAAAAGGAAUCACUCGGCCUAUAAAUAGAUUAUACGUAACACUGUGGUAAGGACUGUGAUCAGACGGGGGUUGUGAUGGUAUAAAUGUGGGUUUCCACCAUUUUUUAAUGCUUUUUUAUAUUUUUUAAGUCUGUAGCGUAGUGUCUAUCAAUCCGAAUUUUGCUUUGUACGAUUGUGCCGAACAAUUUCUAGGCUUGGUUGUACGAAUAUUUAAUAACGGUAGUGUACCAGUGGUUGACACAGGCCCAAUAGUGGUUAAGCUGUCGAACAUUAAGACCAACCACCAUCACAGAUAGUGGUGCGAAAUGUUGCAAAGGUUUCGGAGAAUGUAGUUGAAAAUGAGGGACCUGGUUAAUGAGCAUUUUCAGAAAAAAUUGUAGGUACCAUUAACUAUUUUUUUUUCAAAAAAAAACAACAACUUUUAGGUUAAUUAGACUUUUAGACUUAGAAUCAUUAGUACUAUUGAAUGAGACGAAGAAAAAAAGUGUCGCCAGCUUUUCAUACAAAUUUUGGGAGUCAGUUUUGUAACGGUCCAUACAAAAUGUAUGCGAAAAUGCGUUACAAAAUUGUCAUGUUUUUGGGACACAUUUUUUUUCUUCUUGAAUCAAUAGUCCUAGUGAUUUUGAAUAGAAAUAACCCAAAAGUAGAUGGAUUUUUGAAAAAACGUAUACUGGUAUAAGUGAAAGUGCCCUAAUACCCAGGGUGCAUUCAUGCGAAGGCGGGUUAAUUCCGAAAUUGGCAAAUACAUAUCUACUAAACUAGAAACAGUUCAUACUUUAGCAACACUUACGCCGCUGCAACGCUUACAAGGCAUCUUGCGUACUGUUGCUACAGUAGAAAGUGUUUCUAGUUUAGUAGAUAUUUGCCAGUGUCAGAAUUAUCCCGCCUUCGCAUUUACCCCAAUGCACCCUAUCCCAAAUGAUUUUGUCUACUCGUAUUAUGGAGUUGCUAAGCGGACACCAUUUAUUAUCACUAUUGUGCUUUUAAACAUUCGUAUAACCAUGCCCUUAUAUUCCUGCCAGCUAUUCUUAUUAUAUCGGUGUUAUAACCACCUAAGUCUCAAAAUAUAAAAAAAGCAAAAUUCAACUCUAUUUGUAACAACAUAUGAUUCAAUUUGCGUUUAUUUGUGACUUAGGUGGGUAAAUGUAGCUAGCGUUGAACUCGACGCGAGCGAAAUAUUUUUGUAAGUAAGUAGUGUACAUAGUAUCACGUCUUAAUCAUCGAAUAUGUAUAAUAAUUGGUCAUUUUCAUAUGCGUGUGUUUUAUUGGUGCGUUGAAUGUAACAAGUUAAGUCAAUUCCAUAAAUAAAAAAAUAUCUAUCUCCAUUCAGCUCGAACAUUAUUGGUUGUUCACAAUGUCAUCCUUUUACUAGUAAAUAAUAUUUGUACUUACAUGUACCUAUGAUUCUCAUAUUAUCAUGAAUGCUUUCGCCAGAAGCGAAAAUGUAUGGCUAUUAUUGGUAGACUUUCGAAUAUAACUAUAAAUUCUUGAUUAUUUAAAACAUAUAUUCGUGUUAUUUUUAUUUACGCGCUGAUAAAACACAUGGAUAUUUCGAGAAUCUCGUAUAAUUGUGACGUCCAUAGCUAGCAUAUUACGUGAGCAAGUUUGGUAUUCCAAAUCUCCAAUUUCUUUGUCCAAUAUCAGUGCGUUUCACUCUCUUAUUAAGAAAAAUGUGAGACAUAAUACACAUUAGGUAGAAUACCACCCUAAGGAGCACAAACACCAACCCAAUUAUAAAAACUAUGGACACGAACCCAAUUAUGAACAUCAAUUUUUUUUUUUCAAAAAACAUCGGAAGAUAUUAUUAUUUAAAAAAAAUUAUGGGUUGCAUUUAUUAAACAGCUAUCAAUUAACCGUAAGAUCUUUAAAUUAUGUUAGUGUCCAUCACUGGUCUAGCCUCCUAAGGCCCACGGUCCUACCUAUAGUACUUAUUCGGUUCAAUUAAAUUUAAAUCAUAUUCGAUUGGAACAGAGUUGCUUUUGCUUUGUUUCGUUCAGUUUUUGAACAACGCAAAAUAAACUCUAUUUCCUACGUUGUAGGUUCGAAUUUCUGUGGCAAAUUUUGCAUUUUUCAUUUGUAUGGCUGGACCUUAGGAGGCCCAUUUUAAAGAGUCCAUUACUGGUCCCUACCUUGAGGUCACAAUAUGCGGGUUCUCGGCGGAAUACAGCAGCGUCAUCAAAUUGUCAUAGCGUUUAAUCCAGUUCUAUAAGAUGUGUUAGAUUUACUUAAAUUUAAGAUUACAUUAUGUGUCAUACUAAGUGUGGUGACGUAACAAAUAAAACGAAAUUAUGUA